AUGCUCUCACCAACGCCGUUGCUGCAGCGCUAUCGUCUUUUUCAUCCCUGUCGGGAGAAUAUCCCGUUACACAUGAACCCGGCCAAGUCGAUGUUUCCUCUUAUCAACAGUAACAACCUUUUAGCAAAGCCACGAAACAAUUGGCAGGAUUUUUCUGGGAGAAAAGAAUUUGAUGAGGACCAUCCACUCCCUGUUGUUGCUUCGCGACUGAAUGAAAGGACGACGCAACACAAAUGGUCUCACUGGGAUCAGUACCUUAACCCACAGAUCACACAGUCUGUCAAGGAUUUGACCCCAACACCAGAAUAUGUGGGGAUGCGUAGCGGCCAUAAUAUGAUUAAGAUGGGGUGGAUGAAAAUAGGAGGAAGCUGGAAGUACUCUCGCGGGUACAACGAUAGACGCAAAGUGUUUGCCCGUGGGCAGUGGCAAGAGCGCAAGAUGACUCCACGGUUUAUGCUUGCUCCUCGAGUUUCACCGGGGGGCCCACGAAAUCGAUAUGAGGGAAAACUGGUGUUUUCACGCCUCAAGCUCAGUAAACUCCUCUGGGCGAUUGAUACCGGGCGUCUGAAUCCCAAUGAGGUCAUUACAGUCUACCACCUUCACGAGGCCGGUGUCGUGGCGGAAGGUGAGAUUGUGUGGCCAGGAUUUGUUCUUAUUAGUAGUGGGGUGAGCCGUGUGCCAUACCCUAUUCACAUUGAGCUUCAAAAUGCAUCCGCGGAGAGUAUUCGGCUCAUUGAAGAGGCUGGUGGUUCUUUUACCGGUGUCUAUAUGACUCAUGAUGGCCUCUACCAGGAGCUUCACCCGGAAGAGUAUCCCGUGUUUCCUGAGCAGGAAUUCCCAGAACGGAAAGGCCUGGAAGGGCUCGCAACGAACCCAGCCAAGCGGGGAUGGCUUGUACGAUGGUACGAGGACGAGGGCAAAUACGCUCACCCUGAGGCGGGGCGGCGCUAUUCGCAUUACGUGCGACCACCAACUGAGCGCGACUUCCCAGCCACCGUUGGGGAGUAUGAAAUGGUGAAGCACCACCAGAAAUGGCAUCUGAACCAGCCAGGAACCGGAACAUUGCUGCCGUGGCACUCCUACAACACGGCGGACCUUUUGAAAAGAUCAGCGGGACGCAUUUGA